UAAUCAUACGGUAGCUGACAACCAAUUGUGCUUGUUGUGGACUAUUUCAGCUGGAAGUAAGUGUUACAAAUAUGAAGUGUGUUUUGAUCCUGUUGGUGAUCGCUGUUGCGGUGUUUGCCGCUCCAAGCGAGGGAGAGGAGGACGCAUGGACAUCGUUUAAGGGCCGUCAUGGAAAACGGUACAACGGCACCGAGGAACACCGUCGUCGGGGUAACUUCAAUAUCAACAAAGCCAGAAUCGAUAGCCACAACAGGCGUCAUGAUCAUGGUGGUGCAUCGUUCCGCAUGGGAACCAACAAGUACUCCGAUAUGACCCCGGAAGAGUUCGCGCAAACGAUGAAUGGCUUCAAGCACGGUGGUGCAGCUGACCAAAGAACCAGACAAGCACGAGUUACUGUUGAAGCAACUGCAGUUACCAGCAUCGAUUGGAGAACUAAGGGCGCAGUCACACCAGUUAAAGAUCAAGGUCGUUGCGGUUCGUGCUACUCGUUCUCGGCUCUCGGAGCUCUGGAGGGACAGAACUUCAACAAGACGGGCAAGCUGGUCAACCUAUCGGAACAAAACAUCGUUGACUGUACUCUUUCCUAUGGAAACAAUGGUUGCAACGGCGGUAGCAUGACCACCGUUUUCAAAUACGUGAAGGCCAACAACGGAGUUGAUACUACCGCGACUUAUCCUUACAAGGGCGUUGUUGCAGCCACCUGCGGUUUCAACGCGGCCAACGUUGGAGCUACUGCUACGGGCUAUGUGCUUCUGCCGGUGAGUGAAGCUUCCCUGCAAACUGCUGUCGCCACCAUUGGUCCAGUUUCGGUUGCCAUCGAUGCCUCUCAGCCGUCUUUCCAGCAGUACAAAUCCGGUAUCUACUACGAUCCGCUGUGCACCAGCACUAAGCUAACUCACGGUGUGCUGGUUGUUGGUUUUGGAACGGCCAACGGUACUGACUACUGGCUGGUCAAGAACUCGUGGGGCACCUCUUGGGGAGAGCAAGGCUACUUCAGGUUGGCACGUAACCAGAACAAUCACUGUGGUGUAGCUUCCUACGCUAGCUACCCAACUGUUUAAAAAAACGCUUGGCGCAUACUUGAGUGCCCUGAGGUCCUGUAAAAAUUACCUAAUUAUCGUUCCCUUGAAACAGCUCUUUCGAAGUUUAGUAUUCUCUAGUCGAAAGUAAAAUAUUGCAUUUCAAAUAAAACUAGAAUCAAUUUUAUUAA